GCGUAUGGUCUCUCCCUCUCCUUCUUCUGCUCAGCUCCCCCUCCGCGCCCUCCUCCUUUCCCCCUUUGAGGACCCUUUCGCUAUAUGAGCGACCGGCCGUGGCCGCGGGCAGGCAGUGCCAGAGUGGACACGGCAGACAGACAUGUACAGGACCAUGCUGACAUUGGUGGUGCUAGCGGCGCUGUGCUCGCCGGGCCAGGCGUUCCUGCAGGACCUGCUGCCGCACUUUAACCUCCAGCCCCAGCAGUACUCUCAGCAUCAGUACCCUCAGUACCAGUACAGCCCCCAGUACCAGUACAGGAGGGCAGCGUACGAGCCGCAGCCGCAGCCGCAGCCGCAACCCGUACAGUACGGCUAUGCGUACUCGCACGCGCGGCCGGCCGUCUAUCAGCAGUGGCUGCCGUCCUCGCGCCCCGCCUACGAGGCCGGCACCGCCUACAGCUACGCCAGCAACGCCAACCCCAUCAGCACGUUCCUGCAGGGCUCGUGGCUGCCCUGGUCCAGCAACCGCCAGCCGGUGGUCCAGCAGCAGCAGCCGCAGCAGCUGAGCGCGCAGCUGGUGAGCAGCCAGCCGCAGGUGCAGCCACAGCAGCCCGCCAUCUGGGGCUUCCUACCCUGGGGCGGCAGCGGCAGCGGCGCUCAGCAGGGCGGUAACAGCAACCCCGUGCUGAGCUGGCUGCAGCACCCGCUGCAGCUCCCCUGGGGCCAGCAGCAGCAGCAGCAGCAGCAGGCCGUGUACACCACCCCCCUGGCGCCGUCCCACGCCGCACCCGCGGUCUCCACGCUGCACGUCGUGACCGCCGAGGCCCCCGUCGGCUCCGCCGCCGCCCCCGCGCACCUCCCGUCGUCCUCCGCCAUCAUCAAGCCCGAGGGGGUCGUGCUGGAGGAGGCGCAGUACCAGCAAGUGCCCUCCAUCUCCAACAACGCCAUCCGCAGGGUCGCCCUGGAGCACGUCGAGCACGCCGACGGCCAGCCCUGCGCGUAGUCCUCGACGCCAACCUCGUGCCGCACCACUACACCGCAAUAAACUAGUCUAGACGCCGA